AUAGCAACCGUUGUCAGAGGCAACAACAACAAUAACAUUGAACGCAUGUGUUUUUUUCCUAAUCUGCAGAGUGGGUCAAUCCCAAAGUAUUGUAUAAUCACUGUAACAUCAGACGGAUAAAACAGCGCCGACUUUCAGUAGCCACAUAAAUCACAACAUUACAUAAAUCAGUUUUUUUUUUUAUAAAUCUUCAGUAUGGUAAAAAAGGGAAAGAAAGAAGACAAGCUUCUAGCUGAAGAUGUUUUUGACCCAAUAUUGAUUGAAAGUAGGCAAGCUGGUACAGCUGUUCUGAUGCUUGCCAGUUCUGAAGCUGAUGUACAGGCACAUGCUUGUGAAGCUAUCUAUAAGUUUGUUGUUAAAAAUGAUGAAAACAAAAAAACGCUGUUAGAUCUGAAUGCUUGUGAACCACUUUUGGAAUUGAUGAAAAAUGAAGACAGAAUUGUUCACCGAAAUGCCUUGGCAGCACUGGCUACAAUGUGUGCACAUCCUGAUGUUCGUAAAGUAUUGAGAAAAAGGAAAGACUGUGUACCAACUUUCAUUUCACUUCUUCAGUCUGAAGAAGAAACUGUUGUGUUAGAAUUUGCAUCUUUGGGUUUGAAUUAUUUAUCAACGGAAUAUGUGAGCAAAGUAGAAAUAUUGAAUUCUCAAGCUUUUGAACCUUUAAUACAUUGUCUUAGCCAUCAUGAUCCUGAUGUCCAAAAGAAUUCUAUUGAGGCUAUAUCCCAGUUGGUAUUGAAUUACCAAUGUCAGCGAGUGAUGAAGGACUUGAAUGGAUUUCCUCCAGUUCUUGAACUUUUGAAAUCAGAAUAUGCUAUAAUACAGCGCCUAGCUCUAUUGGUUUUAGAGAGAUGUUCCCAUGAUGUUGAAAAUCGUGUUAUUUUGAGGGAACUGGAUAUUGUAAAUAAGAUGAUAUACUUAAUUGGUCAUCCAGAUUGGCUUGACCUCCACAUUAUGGCUGUAAUGGUCUUAUCAAACAUGAUGGAAGAUAUUGAAACAGUCGAAACAUUCAAAGAAGGACUUGGACUACGAAAACUUAUUGCUCUAAUUACAGAUCAAACCCCACCUGAAGAAGAAGUACAACCAAAGAAAGGGGAAAAAAAGUCAUCUAAAUCAGGGAAAAAGGGUAAAGAAGUGAAAUCUGUGAAAGAAGAAGAAGUUACAAGUCCAGCUGUUGAUACAGUUUUUCCUCUUUUGCCUGAUGUUAAAUGUGCUGCUACUAAGGCAAUUGGCAGGGCUGCUAGAAAUGCCGAGAGUCGUAGAAUAUUACAUGAACUAGAAGUAGAGAAAAUGUUGAUUACUCUGUUGUCUCAUGAAAACUCUUCUAUUCAGGCAGCUGCUGCUAACACAUUAGCUGUCAUGUGUGAAAAUUUAACUUGUCGUCAGGCAGUGUUAGAUGGGGAGGGUUUUCUGCCUCUUAUACGUCUUCUACGCUCCGAUAAUAGUGAAACCUUACAAGCUGUUACACUCGUUCUUCGGUACCUUACAACUGCUAACUUAUCCAGCUGUUUGGAAGUUUCAAAAUCCCAUGGAAUUGGUCCAUUGAUUCAUCUGCUGGAAGACAGCAGUGAAAAUGCUGUGUCCAAUGCUGCUGCUGUUCUCACUAACCUUGCUCUUCAUGAAUCACUUCGACAGGAUGUCAAGCAAAAAGGUGUUGUUAGUGCCCUUGUGAAGGCUCUUAAAUUUGUAAACAAUAAGUCAACUCAGAGCCAGGUGUUGUUGGCACUUGCCAAUUAUGCAAGCAGUCCUUUAUCAAGAGAUGAAUUGAGAUAUGCAAAUGGCAUUGAACCAGUGGUAAAACUACUGAAAUCAGAAGAUAAAGAUGUUGUGAAAAAUGCAGCAUGGGCUAUCUACGUAAGUGCUGCAGAUGAAGCAACAGCUCAUGAGAUAUGUAUUUGUGGUGGCCUAAAUACACUCCAGGAGAUUAAUUUGAACCCGACACGUCGGAAUCAAUUCACCGCAAUAGCUCUUGAACGUCUAUUUGACAACAAUCUUUCUGCAAAGUUCUCGUUUUGUGGCUACCUUGCUCCUACAAAUAUAAUUACGGAUGGCUUUUUUUAUGCUGGUCGUCUGAAACUGGAUGCAGAAUUCAAAUCCUUAGAGGAAUUAAGCACUCAAAAGAUGAAGGACCGCAAGUCUAUCAUAGUGAUUAAUGCGAAAUUUGAAGCUCCAGCAAAAGACGAUGAAAAACAAGAAGACCUUAACAGCAGGGUCUUAUUUAAAUUUAAAAGAGACGGGCGGUCUCGGAAUCCAAAAGAGCGAAUUGAGAAGGGCAAGGAAGAGGAAGAAUUCACCAGUACUACUGGUGAAGACAAACCUACAGUGACAGUAAUAGAAUGUGAAGAAAAGAACUUUGUCCUACCAGAAGAUCCUGAACUUGGUGGCUACGUGGAUGAAAUAACUAAAGAACUAACAAACAUGAACAAUUUUCUUGAGCAAAUCAUUACAUUAGCAAAAUUUGUUUCAAACAAGAUGGGCGGAGCUGUUUCUAGAGAAGAGUAUGGAAACUUCAGCUGGGAACUACCACUUUCUCAGAUUCAGCAUGAACGUGCUUCAAAUAUUGUUUCAAUCGGCUCAAUCAAAUAUGGUAACCAAUUCCACAGAGCUUUGCUAUUUAAGGUGUUGGCUGACCGUGUUAUUAUACGUUGUUCUCUCGUGCAUGGAGAUUUCUUCAAAGCAUGGAAUAUUGUUUUGCUUGGAAAUGAAGAUUCAGAAACUGUAGGUCAAAAGGAUGAUGUAAACUCACCUCUCAAAGCUUACAUUGUGGAUGUCAUUCAUGAGCCUGGACGACUUAUUUUAGUAGACACUCCAGAGGCCAUACGCUAUUGUACAAUGUAAUCAUUUUGUUUUGGAAAUAAAAAAAUUGUAACUAAA